AAAAGCAGCAGCUGUAAGUGCUUCACUGCCAGCUGCCCCUGAAGAGACAUUUCAUCAGAAUGUGUCAUAGCAGUAGCUCUCCACUCAAAAAUGGAAUUAGUGCAGUGUGAGAAAUGGACCUUCUCCCACUUGUCCUGAAAUCAUCCAGAACCUUCCAGUGACGUGUGACUCAGAAUCUCUUCCAGCACUGGGCUGGACUUGAGGGUAUUUUAAACCACGUCAUUCUUGGAGCAGUUAUUUAAGCCAUUUGGAUCCUUGUCUGUCAAAGCUUUUUUUGUACGCUGUGAUGCAGCCUUCUCCUUUCACAUACACACCUUUACAGGCAGUGUGGACAGUGCUGAUGUGCUUUACUCUGUUACUGGAUGGACAUCGGGGACAUCUUCCUAGAAAAGCCAGUGAAGUGAAGACUCUGGACCAGAUCCAGUGGGCUACUGACUGCUACUGGCUGCUGUCCUUGCUUUGUCCGUCAUGCACUUUUAACGGAGUCCAGCGCUGAGCCCUGGACUGCAGAUAAGGGUUCUGCUGUCAGCUUCAUUCAGUGGACUGAGAUGUUUGGGGACAAAGGGACUUGGGCUCAGCAAUGAAGCAGAGGUUCCUCAUUCUCCUGGUGAUCACAGCCUAUCUCUCCAGUGUUACCAUGGCAAUUGGCGAGAACUGCAUUGACCAUGGCGUGCACUUCCAGCCAGUGUUCACUGUGCCAGGCGAAGCUGCAAUGCUCAGCUGUACCCUGGACCACAACUCCCCCUACAACAUCUCCUGGUUUAAGGAGGGCACUGAGAGAGAGCUGUCCGAUAAUGAAGGGAAGAUCAUGGUUCGAGCCAAAGAGCUCUGGUUUCUGAACAGUGAUCUACAGGAUGCUGGCAACUAUGUGUGUAUCCUCAGAACUCAUGACCAGUGCUGGAGAGAAACCUUGGUUCUGAUCGUGAACAACAUCAACCCUGAAUAUUGCGGUCGACCACAAAAGACUGAGCAGGAGCUGACUGUGAUCGCCAAUGGCUACCUGUCCUGCCCUUUAUUCUCGUACAUGGAACAUGUGGACAGUUACUCCUUUCAGUGGUUCAAGGACUGUGAACCCAUCGUGCAGGGAGGCAAGUUUAAGUACGUCAGACACUUGCUCCUGAUACAACAUGUGUCUUCCAACGACAUGGGGUACUACACCUGCAGGAUGACCUUUAACCUGACUGGAACCACAGCCCACGUCUCGGAGACUAUAAGCUGUGAGAUCAUAGACCAGUGGAACCUGCUCCCCGCUGUGGUUGAACCCAUUAAUGACCUGGUAAAAGCCGAAUACGGCUCUCCCUUCACGAAGGUGUGCCGAGUGUUUGUGCCAGGCGAGGGGGAAAACAUGGUACACGUGCACUGGGCAGCAGAAGACUUCAUUUCUUGGAACUCCUCACAGCGCGUGAACCAGGUUUCCCUCAACAGAAGCAAAGUGGAAGAUGGAGAAUGGAUGGAGGUGGUGCUGCAUUUCACUGAAGUGGAGAAAGAGGACUUUUACCACACAUACCGGUGUAUGGUCUUCAAUGAAUACGGCCUCAUCACAGGCAACUUCACCUUACUGCCCUCAGAUCCAAACUACCUUCCUCAUCAGGGACUCUUCUUCUGCCUCCUCAUCCUCAUUUUCAUCACUGCCAUCGGCACUUGGCGGGUCUUCCGGGUUGACUUGGUGCUGUGCUGCAGGACUUACUGCGCACGUCUCUACAAAGACCCAGGUGUGAGACUGAGGGAUCCGCGGGGUAGUGAGGGGGUCAUCUCGUUCCAUGUCCGUCUUUCUCAUUACCUAAAGUUGUCAGCUCAGCUGCCAAGGGAAUCCUGCCCCUUCCUUACUGCACCGGCCGAUCAUUUUCCUUCUCGGGUUCUUUCUUGUUCUUCCCACUCAGCACGGGACGGGAAAGUGUACGAUGCCUACGUGGCCUACCUGAGGUCGUGCGAGGGCGAGGACUGCAGAGGUGGGGCCUGCGGGGCAGUUGAGGAGUUUGCCCUGUGUGUUCUGCCCCAGGUCAUGGAGGGAGAGUGGGGCUACAGGCUCUUCAUCCUGGGCCGUGACAGCUUCCCGGGUGAAGCCAUUGCAGAUGCGGUCCAGAGGAACAUCCAGCGGAGCCGACGGCUGCUCCUCCUGUAUUCGGCGUCAUCCUUCUCGCACCCAGACGCCACGCUACACCUGGAGCAGCAGCUGGCCACACAUGGUGCGCUGGUGGAGGGUGGCAUGCGCGUCAUUUUGGUCGAGUUGGGCGAGGCCGUUAACGACGCGCUCCUCCCCGAGUCUGUGCGCUACCUGCGCAGUAGGCAGGGGGCGCUGUGCUGGCGGGGGGCACAGAGCGAACAGGGCUGCCUGAUGCGCCUACGUUCCAACAGGUUCUGGAAGCACCUGCAGUACCACAUGCCAGCAAGGAGCUCAUGCAAGCACCCCACAGAGAAGAAUUUCUUGACCCAUGUUUAUACGCAAGUGGAGGGCUGAACUUGACCAACUGGAUAUGUGACCCUGAGGUCAUGGGUUCAAAUCCAAGAAUCUGGGAAACUGCAGAUGUACUCCUUAGAAGAAUUCCGUGAAUUAUACAACUGUACACAACUGUGAAAGUUCCCGGUUAAGAGCAUUGUCUGGGCUCCCACACGGUGCGGACGCACACCUGGGUUCGAGCCUCAUUUUUCGGAAGCAGUUUAGUCAGUCACAUAUCAGGUCACCAGGAGGCGCCCCUGAGCUCAGCCUCUUUCUGGAGUCGCUCCCAGAGAGGCACAGGGGAGUCACAGCAGCAGCAGCCGCAAAGCCAUGUGGGAGACCCACCCGAGGUCCAGCCUCACAAUUAACGCAAGACAGCAGGGUUCACAUGCUUUCUUACAGUACUUGUGUUUUUGGGGGGGAAAAGGAAGUUGCAGCUGGAGUUAAACUUUAAACUGCUAUUCACUGAUGUUUUGUUUUAAAGAAUUACAUUUAUUCUCAAUCUGUGCCUCCUCUUUUGUGCCCACUUUGUAUGGGUCUCAUAGUUUGUGUAGCUUACUAGAGACAUGGAAGGUAUAGUCCUGAAGGAAACAGCAUGAAUUUUUAAAAAAAAAAAAAUUCUGAAAAAAAUGCAUCAAAAAAGACUACUAACAGUGUGUCCCCCCACCAACCUGAGUUGAACAGGUUUGUGUAGGAGGUGUUACUGAAAUAUGUACAGGGUCUACAUGUGUAUUACUAAUUUUGUUUGUUUUUUAUUUUGUUCAAUCAUGUUUAUCGAUUAGGGAAACUGUAACACAUGUAAACGCUAACAUUAGUAUAGUAAGUGUACUGUAAAUGACACAUGACCUGGCCGUCCAGCACCAGGAACUGUGUUUGCUGUCGCACCCGUGGCCCAAAGCGAGCCUUUUCUGUGCUCCAUAUAAAAGUGAGCUGUGCUUUUUGUCUACGUUCUGUCACACUUUAAGAGCAGUAGCAGGAGAGGGGAGCAGGGAGCAUUUUACCAAUAAUAAUAAUAAUGAUAAUUUAUUACAGAUUUCGUUGGUAUUUCUACCAAAGAAGGAAAGCAAUCUGCUGGUCAGUUAUGAAACAUCCAGUGAUGUUUUUUUUUUUUAUUUUUCCUGGUUUAAACUGGGCUGUCUGCAGCACCCCAAAAUGUCCCUCAGACUCCCAGAAAGAGAGUAAAA